AGGAGGUGUUUCGCGGAGCUCCGGGACCGGCUCGCCGUCAAACUGCUGACUAAAAUGGUCCAUUUGUACAAACGCACGUUAGCGUGGAGCGCGAAUGCCACGGUUACAGCUGACAGCGGGACUACGGAUUUAAAGCUCAGCGAUGACGGUUCCGGUGCAUUGGUUUAGUAUAUGACAUAAAGGACCGUGAACAGAUGAUGGUUUACGUUAAUCGUCUGCUAUUUAUUUGACUCGGUUGUGAUUGUCGAGCGGAGGGUUUCAUUGCGGUCGCCGUCUCUGGUGGAUACAUUGUUGCAAACGUUGAUUUAUCGGCACAUCAAAGCAAGAUGACAGUGGAAAGCACAACUAUUAAAAGUCGGAUUAAAAAUCUCCUUCGACAGCCGUCCAUCAAAUUAAGAAGAAGCAAACCUGGCAAUAACAAGGAGAACCUCAGCAGUAAGGUGACAUUGGAAAAAGUAUUAGGCAUCACCUCUGCUGGGAACCGGGCUCUGGCAUGUGAUCCGCACUCAGGGCUGGUGGCCUACCCAGCCGGAUGUGUGGUGGUGCUGCUGAAUCCUAAAAAAAACAAACAACAUCACAUUCUCAACAGCUCCAGGAAAACCAUCACCACCGUCUCUUUCUCUCCUGACGGCAAAUAUGUGGUCACGGGUGAGAGUGGUCAUAUGCCGGCGGUGCGCGUCUGGGAUGUGGCGGAGAGGACGCAGGUGGCCGAGCUGCAGGAACAUAAGUACGGCGUGGCGUGCGUCGCUUUCUCCCCCAACAGCAAAUACAUUGUCAGUGUGGGUUACCAGCAUGACAUGAUCGUCAACGUCUGGGCCUGGAAGAAAAACGUGGUGGUUGCUGCCAACAAGGUCUCUAGUAAAGUGUCGGCCGUGUCUUUCUCAGAUGACAGCUCGUACUUCGUCACUGCAGGAAACAGACAUGUGAAGUUUUGGUACCUGGACCACACCAAGUCAUCGAAGGUGAGUGCCACCGUGCCGUUACUGGGUCGAUCUGGUCUUCUGGGAGAACUGCGGAAUAAUUUCUUCAGCGAUGUGGCCUGUGGAAAGGGGCGGAAAGCGAACUGCACAUUUUGCAUCACUUCCUCUGGGCUGCUCUGCGUGUUCAGCGACAAAAGAAUGCUGGAUAAGUGGGUGGAGCUCAGGAGAAAUGACAGUUUCGCAACUAGUAUGGCCACGUCUUUGUCCGUCACCGAGGAUCUGAUAUUCUGCGGCUGUGCUGAUGGUACAGUGAGAGCCUUCAGUCCCAUGGACCUGCACUUUAUCUGCACACUGCCUCACCCCCACAGCCUGGGCACGGACAUCGCCACUGUCACUGAGGCCAGUCACCUCUUCACUUACAAGGAGGACCUCCGGUAUCCCGACACAGUUGCCGUGUCCUAUGACCCCACCAACCGCUGGCUGUCCUGCGUCUACAACGACCACAGUCUAUACGUGUGGGAUAUUCGCGAUCUCCGUAAGGUGGGCAAGAUGUAUUCGGCCCUGUACCACUCGUCUUGCGUUUGGAGCGUGGAGGUAUAUCCAGAGAGAAAGGAUGGCGAGUCACGUUUGUCUCCCGCGUCUCCCGGGUCUUUCCUCACCUGCUCAUCCGACAACACGAUCCGAUUGUGGAACACAGACGCUCAGAACACGACGCUCAACCGGAACGUUAUCAGCGGUGACCUCCUCAAGGUCAUUUAUAUGGACAACAACACCUCCACUCUUUUGGACACAGAUUGCACCCUCUCUGGUAAUUCGGAGAAGGUCGACCCGCAGACCUCUGAGAACCGGACAGGCAUUAGGACCAUGUGUGUGAGCCCAGACGAAGUGCACUUGGCAUCAGGGGACCGCAAUGGAACGCUGAGAAUCCAUGAUUUGGAGACCAUGGAGGAGAUUCUGGACGUUCAGGCCCACGACUCUGAGAUCUUGUGUUUGGAGUAUUCUAAACCUGAGACCGGGCUGAAGCUGUUGGCCACGGCCAGCAGAGACCGACUGAUUCACGUUCUGGAUGCUGAUAAAGAAUACAGCCUUCUUCAAACUCUGGAUGAACACUCGUCCUCCAUCACUGCUGUCCGAUUCGCUGCCAAUGAUGGUAAAGUCAGAAUGAUCACAUGUGGAGCGGAUAAGAGUAUAUACUUCCGCACAGCACAGAAGACAACAGAAGGUACAACAUUCACACGAACGCAUCACAUAGUGAGAAAGACAACACUGUACGACAUGGACAUUGACCCCACCAGAAAAUACGCUGUCGUCGGAUGCCAGGAUCGCAGCAUCAGGAUAUUUAACAUUGCCAAUGGCAAACAGAAGAAAGUCUACAAGGGCUCUCAGGGAGAGGACGGGACACUUAUCAAAGUCCAGACAGAUCCAUCAGGUUUGUAUGUGGCCACAAGUUGCUCGGACAAGAACAUCAGCAUCUUUGACUUCUACACUGGAGAAUGUGUGGCCACCAUGUUCGGACACUCUGAGAUUGUGACAGGGAUGAAGUUUACUAAUGACUGUAAACAUUUGAUAACGGUGUCAGGAGACAGCUGUAUCUUUGUAUGGCGACUGUGUCCUGAGCUGACCAUCAACAUGAGACAGCGUCUCGCAGAGCUCAAACAGAACAGCAGACCGGUUCAGAAGACUCUUCCAAACAAACAGAACACAGUUAGCACAAGAAGAGAUGUCCACAGUGUUCCUGUUAUCGGCACCAUGUCAUCUGAUAGUGACAAGGAUGUGGAGGAAGAGGAGGGUAUUGAGGAGGAAGAUGAGAUGUUUCCUCAGCUAUCAUCAUCAGGCGAGGAAACCGGAUCAUCAGAGGAGAAACACAACAAUCUCAACUCCCAGAUGAAGAAGCAACAAAGCAGCAGUGUUGAGCAUCAUGAUGGUUCAGGUCCACGGCCGAGGCGCCGCUGGUCUAGACGGAUCGGCAGUAUGGAUCUAAAGGUGAAGUCAAUGUUGGACCUGAGGCAGCUGGAGUCGUUCGCUAUGCCUCUCUUUCCCAGCAGAACCCCUGAUGUUCGUAAAAAACCACAACCACGCAGGAACCAAGAGCUGGGAAGCACCAUCAGUCUCCAGACCAUUGCUGCAUGGGUACCUGAAGAGAAUGGCUCAGAAAGUCAAACUCGUCCUCAGUACAUUGAGUUGUCCCCUCAAACCCCAGAUGCGGAGGUGCUGUAUCCUGAGGGAUGUGAAGACCAAAUCAGUCUGACUGGCAGUGAGUAUCCGGUGAAUAGGUUUCCUCCUGGAAUGAGAUGUGCUACAGUCAACACUUGCCCUGAGAAGCAGAGUCCAGACAGCGCCUGCUCGAUGGAAUAUUCCAGCAGCCAUCUGUCCAGCCCUGAGCAUCCUGGAGAAGAUUCUGAGCCCACUGAGCCAUUGAGCGUCGAUGGAAACUCUUCAGAACUGGAUAUGGAGGAUCUGGAUGAGGAAGAAGACGACACCUUGAAGAACAGUCAUGUUCAGACUCCCGUGCCUCAGACACCAGACCAGGAGUCAUUUCUGAAGAAACACUUUGCAAACCUCUCAGACCUCAACACACCUGCCAGUUCAAGCAGACUCACCGCAAACAUCUCUGACAGCAUGUCGUCAAAGUUCCUCUCUCAGAAUUCCCCUAGCAGAACUGGAUUCCCCUUCCCCUCAAACAAAAGUGCUAAUGGUAAGACCAGUGGCGGCGUGUCGCGGACCCUGACCUCAGAGGUAAGGCCCAUCAUGGAGAACAAAAGACAGCAGGAAGUCCAGAGCUCUGACAGGACAUUUCAGCGUUUGAUCCAGAAGAAACGCACACCCGUCACAGAGUCCCGCAGGCUCAUCAGCCCCAUCGCUAAAGCCGCCGCGAGUCAGAGCGGAUCGGCGGGCAUGAGGAAAGCUCAAUCCAUCCACAACAUCUCCUCAGAAGCUGAUGUGGUCCACACACCUCGUCCAUCUAAAGAAGUCCAGCCAUUGAUCCAAAGCUCAGAACGAGGUGUCCUACACCACACUACACCACGACGUUCCCUUCCUACUGUCCCACUUACCAGCCCUAUGACCUCGCUCACACGUGAGGUCACCACACCCACAAGACCCAAGUCUCGCUCUUACAUGAGCCCUACCACCAGCUCCAUGGCCAAGAUGUCCCGCUCCGUGUCCAUGGGGGACAACCUGAACGUGGUGGACCUCGAAGAGCCAGGAUACUCAGAUCCACGCCCGGACUUCACACAGAGCAAGCCAACAACCCCCGUCGCCACCAUAACCUCUCCAGAUACUCCCACGGCACCCUUUCCAGGCCCGUACACACCUCACGCUGCAGUUGCACCGACGCUCAGCGCUGGCUCGAGUGAAAGUCCGUUCUCCAAAAGUCUUCAAUCCAAACUGACCGGCAGUGCUCGCCCCCUGCUCCAUAUCGACAUUCCCAAUCCUCUUCCAGACAAACCUUCCCUGUCUUCCCUUUCACCCAGCAGCAGAAGCCCAAGAUUUGUUCAAAUGGAAAAAGGGUUCGCAUGCAGAACCCCAACAACUCCAUCUUCACUUCACGAAGGGUGUUUGGUGCAGCCGGUCAAGGCUUUGCGUCUGACCCCAUCUGAAACCACGGACCGGAUUGAUGUCAGUAUGGUGCUCAUUUCAGAUCAGUCCAAAGAUUUGAGCCAAGCAGAACUCGACUCAAACGCAGAGACGGAGAAAGAGGGAACCAUCAGGGAUGAGUGCAGUCCAGGUGUUCUUCAGGACUCAGACGCGUGUCUCAAUGUGGAUUCUUGUAGGCUGCUUGCAAGUGAACUGCAGAGCAGUUUUCAAAGAGCCUUCCACCUCUUUAAGAUGCUAAGCAACUCCACCGGCGAGGAGCAGCAGGAAAUGACACGUGUCCUGGCCGAAGCUUUUGAGGCGAUGAGAGUCGAGCUGAAUUCCCUUCUUCCGUGCCCCCCACAAAGACCACCCAGCGCUGACAGCGCACGCACGUUAGCCAACACUGACGACCGGACGCUUGCCCUUUUAGAACAGUACUCCAAACUUCUCCUCAACGCUGUGGAAAAGAGGAUGGACAACAAAAUCUGAGUACUCGCAACAGGAUUUUAAGCCAUGAUACUGCUUUGCAGAAGCGAGGAGUUUUAAAUAAAGAUUUUGAAAAGAACGCAGAUAUUCUACCUCCAUGUUUAGCGCUGUAACGUCACACGCUCUUGAUGCUUCUUGCCACUCAUCAUUUUGUGCCCUGAUACUAAAGACAUGUCUGGAUGUUAUUGCCACUCAACAUGGCUGCCAAAUGAAUUAUAAAUGAUGAUCGAGGGUUCUCCAUCACGCAGCAGUGGUUCAUCAUUUUAAAGACAGGGAAUCAGAAGACUUUUUUACGCAUGGAUGCAAUCUGACGUAUGUUGAAGUGAAACACUGUUACGACAAACUUUUGUUGAGAGAACGCUCAUGUUUGAAUUUGAUAUUUAAAAUUUCUCUUUCAGAGGGACCGGCAUCCCUGGAAGUCUUAACAAAGCAGAUUUAUCCCACUUUUAACGUUUUAUUACUACAAUGAUUUUAUACUGAAUGUCGUGUUUGUGCUGAUGCUCUCAAGUUCAAUUGGGACGGUGGGAUGUGUAUUUAUUAUUAUGUGAUGGGUCACUGUUUGUUGGACAGUGACGUCGUGUCAGGAAAGCUCAGUGUCACCAGAAGUUUGAUAUUUAGGGAUUUCAACAAAAAAAACGUUUUACCAAUCGAACUGAAUUAUGAUUUAGUCUUUUGAUAGCUUUUGUACUUGAAAUGGGAUUUGUCUCAAGGAUACAGGUGCCUUAACGUUGACCAGCAGUUUGUCGUCGAGGAAUAAAUCCGGCAUUUUUACUUCAUACAGAUUCCUUUUAGGUUGCAGAUGGCAGCCAAAGCAAAACUGCCACAAUUAACACAACGGAAUUGAAUUGCUCUGGUGACGCUGGGGAAUAUUUCAUAACCUAAUAGACAUUUAGUGGGGAAACUUUUUGAGAAUUGACGUAGGUUUACAAGUCACUUUUAGAAAUCCGAAUGCUUUCCAAUGAUAUUCUUCUUUAAGGUACGUUUUAUUAAAAAGUUGUGUUCUGUUAGUCAUUUACAGCUAAACAAAGUCUGUUAUCACUUCCUAACAAUCCUUUCUGUAUAUCCCUUAAUUCCUUGCUAAAUAGAUGAUGUUGCUUCUCUAACCUGCGGUAGAAACAAGCCUUCUUUUCCAUACUUCCAAAAUGAUAAUGUACAGUAAAGCACCUUUUGUCUCCAAGCUAAUGAUGGCGUUUGUAGUUAAGUGUACUGUAACCUCUUAUCUAUAAAAAUAUACUGUAUUUUAGAUUCUCUUGUACUGUUAAAAAGUGAAGAUGCUUUGCCAAGCUGAAGUCAGUGCAUACUUGACAAUUUUUUGCGACCAUAAAUGAUUUUGUCAUGGAGCAAAAUCUGCAGUCGCUCAGACACAACUUUUAUUUCUUGCCAAAUAUUGAGCAUAUCCAAAUCGACCAAAUGCCUAAUCUGAAAAAUGAUGUACCUUGUGGACACGCUUCAACACUGCAAAUUCCACUUUAAAGUCUGUCAUGAUGUCACAACUCUUAUAUCUCUUACCAGUUGAAUGCUGAGCAUCGUUUUGGUAUGCUUCUAUUUUAAGACCACCCUAUAAUACCCCUUUUUUGAGAUUGAACUGGCAAUUUUACGUUUAGGAAUCUAAUAUUUCCAAAUAUUUUUGGUACAGUAUGCAAAGACAUCAGAUUCUCCAUCUUUUAAUAUUUAAACAAAACUUGAAAUGCAUGAGAUCAAAAUAUCAUAAGCUCAAUUUCAUACAGAAUUCAUUUAGUUAUUAAGCUAUUACGAGUGAUGCAGAACUAAACAAUGUAUGAUUACAUUGGUAAUAGUGACAACUGGAGUCUUCUGUACUAUAGAAUGAACACACUACUUAUGCAUGAGGAUCGGUGGAUUUUAGGGCCGGCUCGCGCUUUAAACAAGAAUGCAUGCUUGACAGCUUAACUUGCUUCUCAUGAACAAUCAUUUGAACCUUCAGCUUUCAGCUCUGUUUCUGUGAUCACCAAUCUUUGCUCUCAUUGAACAUAUAAUGAAAUGAUGUACUCUAGGAUGACAGAUGGACCCGUUUCAAAGACUUUGUCUGACCUUUUGCUCCAAAGCCGAAGUCAAGUGUUUUUAUCCUUAUGUUUAUAAGAUCUAUCAUCCACAGUCUUUCUCAGAGAAGUCAAACAAAUAAAAUUGUAUUUAUUACAUGAAUA